UGUUUGGGUCAGUCUUUGGAGGAUUAAUAUUGUGACCUCCAUGACUUCGAUUGUUGGUCAUUUCGAUGAGUCUUAGUAGGUUCAACAUUCUGACCUGAGCUGUUUGACGUUUUUGAGUCAGUCUUGGAAGGAUUAUCCUCUUGACUUGUGAAAUUUGACCUCAUUGUUUGAUUUAAGACGUUUGGAUCAGUCUUGGGAGGAUUACCAUCUUGGCUUGAGUCACUCAUCGUCAGCCAUUGGUGUCAGUUUCAGGUGGUUACCAUCUUGAUAUUAGCGACUCUUUGGUUGUUUACUCGUUCGAAGCUGCAGACUGUUUUCAAAGUUCAAAUUUACAGCUGAUUGGAUGAUGGCGAACCCCCUGAGGGCUGAGGUGGUUCGACUCUACAAGAACGUCCCUCUUCUUCUUCGUCCCCCACAGCUCCUCUACCUCGGUCGGGAGUACCCCAAAGGUGGUGACUACUUCAGGGACCGCCUGAAAGCGGCGUUUACUAAAAACAAGUCGGUCCAGGACCCGGAGCAGAUCAAGGCCAUGAUUGCCAGGGGGGAGUACGUGGCCCGGGAGCUGGAGGCCCUCUACUACCUCCGGAAGUACAGAGCGUUGAAGGAGCGAUACUACGCGGAGUGAAAAAGCUCUGCAAGGACUGACAAACAAACCAAAACAUUUUUAUUUGUUGUAAGGAACAGGGCAAACAGCAGCAGCUUCAACAACUCCUGCUGAGUCCAAUCAGAGAAACAUGGAAGGAAUAAAAAUAUAAAACUCAA